GUGUGAGAAACCUGCUAUGUACAUUCCCGAGGCAUUUAUCCCAUCCCCGCUGGUAAACAAAUUCUUUUGCGCCUUACUGUGUACGAGAGUUCUCUAAAGGGAAAUAACUUGGACGCAUCUCGAAAAACCACAAAAGACAGUUGCAGCGCUCCGUAUGGAUACGUCUAUCUAUAGUCGUACCGUGUGGUUACAUCUCCUUGUAUCAGAGUGCUACAGUAGAGUACAUUAGUGUGUAGUUACAUGUGUAAUUAGCCGUGUGUAAUUGUUCAGGCUGGUGUCUGUGCUACCGGUGGUAUUUAGGACACCUUUUGUACAGGUGAACACGGACACGUUACACAUAGAUUGAAAACUACGUCUUCUUGGAAGCAAACGUUUCCUUAAAGUAGAGAAAACAAGGAGGUACACGUUGGAGGAUACAGGUAAACAGACGUUACAAAUGCCCGGCAGUCGUGGUAUUCAGAGCUGAUAAAGUACAGUUAACGGGAUUCAACCCAACAUCCUAUAUUAGCAGAAGUUUGGGAUACAAGUGUUGUCGAUAUUUGUCAACGAUUUGCAUGAGCAGGAAACAAAUAGAAACCCGUUCGCCAAUGAUUAUUUUUGCCCAGGUUAAAACUGAAAGAUAAGAAGAGCAUACAGGAAGUGGAGAAAAUUGGUAAGUGCAAAUGUAUUAGCAUGUGGAAUUAUGUUUAUAAAAUGACACACCUAGCAUUGUGAUGUCAAGUAUAGUUGAUAUAACAGGAAGAAUAAAACGUGUUGUCUGACUUGCUUUUUAUCUGCUCACUGAAGAACUCUUAAUGUUAUAAACCAUUUGAGACCCUUUACAUUUCCCGGGUUCUUUAUCUACCAUUUAAACAUAAAACAAACUAAUUUCUUGAGCAGAGAUAGACAGGAAGUAGAAACUGGUGGCGCACAUAUUCCUUUGUUUGCUGAUAAUGAAAGAAAUGGAUCUAAUAUAAUUUUUGUCCCAAAAUUUUAGAUUGAAGUGUCUCAAAUGUUUAUAAUAUAUAUAUUUAGAUUUUGUUUAAAAAUGGCGAGGGUGUGUGCCACACAAUACAAUUGUAAUUAUGCAGAAAAACUCGCAAUAAGUAGGAAGUAAUUUACAUUGUAUAUAUGAAAAUAUCACAAACUCUAACAAACCAGCUGUCAUCAAACCUUAAAAUAAUUCUAUAUUAAUUAGGGUUAAAUUAUAUAGUGAUUCUCAAGAUUGUGCUAUCUCUGUAGAUUGUACGACGAAAAUAUCUUAUUGUGAUUCUUCAUUCAUUGUCCAUUGAAAUUGCUACAGCAUGAGUAUUUUUUGUUUGGUUAUUUGGUUGUACGUACCCUCAAAAUUGUUAUAUUCUCAUAUUUAAGCGCCACCAUCUUUCGGUGAAUUGUCACAAAUUUAGACUUGUGUUUGACGCCAAGGGCCGUCUUUCAUGUGCCAACGCCUGCCGCGACACGGGAGAUGAUCUCCGAAAGACCCGGGACUCUUACCUGCGUUUUCCAAAGGAGCAAUCACUGCCUAUUUUUACGUCUUAAGUUUGAGCAUGAGCGACCACGAACUCACGGUCACCGUGAUAUAAUAUUGAAUGAAAAUGAUACAAAACUGAAUGUAAAUGUUCAAUUGAGGGUAAUCUUUACGAAAGUAUUGAAUGAAAAUUUCAGAAUGUUCGAUUUUUAUGAUAACCUUUGCAAAAUUUGAGAUAUUACAAUUUUGCAUUUACUUUUUACACAUUAGAUAAUCUCCAUGCCAAAAUAUAUAUUCGUAAAUCAUGAAAAUAGCGGUAGAACUCGAGACUUUAUUUACUAAAACGUUCAUAUGCACGUAUAGAGCAAGUUUCGUGUAACUAUGCAUCAGAAGAUCCGCGUUGUUUUUUACGUGUGUAAACAGACGUCCCUCGACUGAACUUUAUUUAGCUGAUGAUAAGCCAACAGUUCAGCUGGAGAGAUAUAAAAAUGUUGGGAUUACCCUAUAGAAAACCGAACGGAAAGUUUAUUUGUAAUGUGUCAAAUCAAACUCCGAUGCCCUAUCUUCUAAAAAUUUCGUAUUUAAAUUACUUCCCCUUCAUGGAACAUGGUCUGAUAACAGACAACAGUAGGAGAUCAUUGCGGAAGGAGGGCUAACUUAUUAACAAACAAACAAAAUAUGUAUGAAAGUUUAUAAAUUACAAAACAUUUGUUUGCUUUACAGAAAUAAUCUAUAAAUCUAAUCUAUGAUGUUGGUAUUUUGUUUUGUAGGUCAAAGUUUGUGCCUAAAAAUCAGAGUCGAAUGGCGACCAAAUUACAAGAGACCAAGUGUAAGAUUCACAGUGUUAAAUUGACCUCGUACUGCAACGACUGUGAUGAUUUUGUGUGCAAUAUGUGCAAGCAGCCCAAGAGUGGACAACACGAUGGUCACGUUUUAAUGUCGGCGACGGAGAAAACAAAUGAGUUGAAGGAAGAAGUGGGGGAUUAUAUGAAUAUGAUAAAUGAAAACGUGUUCAACCAUGUUCAACAAAACAUUCGCGAAGCUUACUCAAUUCAAUCUGGCUUAGAAAGAAACUGCGAGGAACUGAUAAAUGAAGGCAAUAGGAGAGAAAAACAUUUGAUGAAAGAGAUUCAAAAAUCAUCACGUAAGUUGAAAGACGACAUUGAAGCACACCGACUGAAGUACAGUCCCGGUUUGGCCAGCAAACUUGGGAAUCUUGAGGAUAACAAAAAGAGAAUUGAAAGUUUACUGAAGAGAUGUGAGAAUUCCAUCAACACUGGAAACAGCUAUGAGAUUUUAGAAUUAAUCAAAACGAAGUCGUCAGCACUGAAUUUUAAUACCACAUUUAGUUCUCUUACGACUGUUCCCAAGAUGGAAUUACAUCCACUUAGACCUGUAUAUCUAGUGGGAGAUAUCUUUGGUUCUAUCAGGCAAUCUAGGGUGGUAUCUUCAGAGGGAAUUAGGGUGUUAAAAUCAUGGAGAUAUGAUAUCUAUAUAGAAAAUAUAUUUGCUAGGCACGAUUGUAUUUGGGUCAAUAAGACGGGUUUCUUUGUUUCUGUGAAGCCGCUGACGGUACAGGAGGUGGACCGGAAGUUGUGUCCCGUUUAUCCCGGAAGUUUUAUUGUUACAGCUUCCAGUGAAAUAAUAUAUUCUGUAUCUCAUGAACACAGUAUAUACAAGAUUACCCCAGUGUUAACUGUAAAGUUAAAGCACACAUACCCUUACGUUCCGAGUGGAUUGUGUUUAGCUUUACAGGGGGGAUUCUAUGCUACAAUGUAUAGAGCCGGAGCUCAUGGUAAAGUAGUGCGUUAUGUUAACGACGAGUGUAGCGAUUGGUCGGAAAUUGUAUGCUACAAGAACGGAGAAUCCGUUUUGAAGAAACCCGUGAAGAUUGUUGAGAAUGCUAACAGAGAUCUGUGGGUCAUUGACGCCAGCCCUGGAAGCGUCAUAGGAUUUAACAGUGUAGGACGGUUAAAGUGUGAAUACAAAGGAAAACGGGACAAUUUCGAACCUAUUGGAAUAUGCAUCGACUGCAGAUGUAACAUACUCAUUUCGGAUUAUGGUAAUAAAUUGAUAGACGUUCUGCUCCACGAUGGCCAAUUAUUGACUUCGAUAAAGCUACAGCCAUUCGGCAUCAGUCGACCAAUGGGAAUAUGUGUAACAAAGGAUGGCCAUUUGUGUGUUGGACAGGGUAAUGGGUAUGUGCAUGUACUUCGAUAUUUACAAUAAAGUGAAUGUGGUACAA